GGGGGCGGGGGGGCCGCGCCGCGCGAGCCGUUGGGCCUGGCUCGAGGAAGGCGUCGCCGCUGCCGCUGCCGCCGCCAGAAAACACAAGGAGCUGUAGCUAGCGCAGCGUGGCGAUGGGCGGGGGUAGAGCCCCGCCGGAGAGGCUGGGCGGCCGCCGGUGACAGAUGAGGGAGCUAAGGUUCAGAGAAUCAAUCUGAAGCCUGGAGGUGGUAGAGUCAGGAUUGGAGUCAACUGGAGGUGCGAGUUUGGGCCUCCGAGUCCUGCUCCAGUUCUCUGAGACUAUAUCCACAGCACCUCCUGCAUGUCCUGCUGCCCUGAGCUGUCCCAAGCUAGGUGACAGCGUGUCACGCUGCCACCAUGAAUGAAGUGUCUGUCAUCAAAGAAGGCUGGCUGCACAAACGUGGUGAAUACAUCAAGACAUGGAGGCCGCGGUACUUCCUUCUGAAGAGCGAUGGCUCCUUCAUUGGGUAUAAGGAGAGGCCAGAGGCUCCUGACCAGACUUCACCCCCUUUAAACAACUUCUCUGUAGCAGAAUGUCAGCUGAUGAAGACCGAGAGGCCAAGGCCCAACACCUUCGUCAUUCGCUGUCUGCAGUGGACCACUGUCAUUGAGAGGACCUUCCAUGUGGACUCUCCAGAUGAGAGGGAGGAGUGGAUGCGGGCCAUCCAAAUGGUCGCCAACAGCCUCAAGCAGCGGGGCCCUGGCGAGGACCCCAUGGACUACAAGUGUGGUUCCCCCAGUGACUCUUCCACAGCCGAGGAGAUGGAAGUGGCUGUCAGCAAAGCACGGGCCAAAGUGACCAUGAAUGACUUCGACUAUCUCAAACUCCUCGGCAAGGGCACUUUUGGCAAAGUCAUCCUUGUGCGGGAGAAGGCUACUGGCCGCUACUACGCCAUGAAGAUCCUGCGGAAGGAGGUCAUCAUUGCCAAGGAUGAAGUCGCUCACACCGUCACGGAGAGCCGGGUCCUCCAGAACACCAGGCACCCCUUCCUCACUGCGCUGAAGUACGCCUUCCAGACCCACGACCGCCUGUGCUUCGUCAUGGAGUAUGCCAACGGGGGUGAGCUGUUCUUCCACUUAUCCCGGGAGCGUGUCUUCACAGAGGAGCGGGCCCGGUUUUAUGGUGCAGAGAUCGUCUCAGCUCUCGAGUACUUGCACUCACGGGACGUGGUGUACCGUGACAUCAAGCUGGAAAACCUCAUGCUGGACAAAGAUGGCCACAUCAAGAUCACCGACUUUGGCCUCUGCAAAGAGGGCAUCAGUGACGGUGCCACCAUGAAAACCUUCUGUGGGACCCCGGAGUACCUGGCACCUGAGGUGCUGGAGGACAAUGACUACGGCCGGGCCGUGGACUGGUGGGGGCUGGGCGUGGUCAUGUACGAGAUGAUGUGCGGCCGCCUGCCCUUCUACAACCAGGACCAUGAGCGCCUCUUUGAGCUCAUCCUCAUGGAGGAGAUCCGCUUCCCACGCACGCUUGGUCCUGAGGCCAAGUCCCUGCUGGCUGGGCUGCUGAAAAAGGACCCUAAGCAGAGGCUCGGUGGGGGGCCCAGCGAUGCCAAGGAGGUCAUGGAGCACAGGUUCUUCCUCAGCAUCAACUGGCAGGAUGUGGUGCAAAAGAAGCUCCUGCCACCCUUCAAGCCUCAGGUCACAUCUGAGGUUGACACAAGGUACUUUGAUGACGAGUUCACCGCCCAGUCCAUCACAAUCACACCCCCGGACCGCUAUGACAGCCUGGGUUCUCUGGAGCUGGACCAGCGGACGCACUUCCCUCAGUUCUCCUACUCAGCCAGCAUCCGGGAGUGAGCAGCCCAUUGCCACCACAGGACACCUGCAUGGCCGCCAUCCACCAACUGGGUGGCUUUUAAAAAGACUUUUUAUUUUGCCUUUUUGGUUUGUGCCCCCAUCCCUCACUCUCUCACCUCCAUUUCCAGUUCCUUCUUCAGUCCUCCCCCAAAUUCACCUCAGUGGUCCCCGCAGCCUUGGCCUCUAACCUCCCCUUUGUGUGGAGGGACUGUCCACCUCCCACCCCAGCAUGGGCUGCUGGGAGGAUGGAUUCAGGUU